GUGCUUCUGGCGGCUGUGUGCGGACUGGCGUCCUGCCUCAUGCUCCUGAUCCUCACGCUGCCGGCACAGCGCCGCGGCGGCACAGGCGGUGCUGCUGGUGUUGAGGGCGGCGGCAGCAGCGCCCGAACCGCACUGUUCAGCAGUCGCGUGGCGGACUGCUCGCUGCAGCUGCAGCAGCGGGACUGGACGGCGGCAGAGCUACAGCCGCUGGCGGCGCGGCUGCUGCUGCAGCCCGCCGUUGCUGCGCGCAUCGCUGCAGCACCGCCAACACGCGCGCCAGAUGCCGGCCAGGCCCCUGCCUCAGCAGGCGACGGCAUCGACGGGAGCAGCGACAGUAGCAGCAGCAGUGGCAGCAGCAGCGGCAGUAGCAGCAGUAGCACUGGCAGUAACAGCUCGCCCCGCUCCUCCUAUCUGCAUUUGGACCAGCUGGGGUACGACAUGGAGGCGCAGCUGCGGCAGCAGGUCUUUUGUGAGGAGGCCUUUCCACUGCUGGAGCUGGAGGCGGCGGCGGCGGCGGCGGAGGGCGGCGGCGGCGGCGGCUUCGCGUCUGGCGGCGGCGUGGCGGCGCGGCAGCUGCGGCCCGGUGUGACCAUGUACGUAUACGCCGGAGACGACGAGGUGUCGCGCACUGUACGUGACGGCGCGGGCUGGGAGAACGAACUGCUCACCGAGGUGCUGUGGGCGCUGCGACAGCCGCUGCCGCCACACGCCCUGCUGCUGUCCCAGCAGCAGCAACAACAGAAGCAGCGGCGGCGAUCCGCUGCUGCGGCAGCGGCGGCGGACGGAGGUCCGGGCGACAUUCACAUCCGGCACGGCGCCGGCGAUGCCGGCGCCAACAGCCGCGCAGCCGCAGCAGCUGCGGCGGCGGCGGCCGCCGCCGACGGAGCCGCGUCGCUGUUCGUCUCGGCACCGCCUGCGCAGCCGCCAGCCCCAGGCGUGGCUGCCGACUCACCCGCCCAGGCCCCGGCGCCGCCGCUGUUUGUGGACGUGGGCGCAAACGUGGGCUGGUUCUCCGUCAAUGUAGCCGCUGAGGGGUUCCUUGUGGCGGCGUUUGAGGGCAUGGCCUCAAAUGUGGCGCUGGUGCGCGCGUCCGUGUGCGCGAGCGGCGGCGCCGGCAGCAGCAGCAGCGGCAGCAGUGGCGCCAACACCACCACCACCGCAGCGGCGGCUCGCGGCGGGCUGGGCGGGCAGCUGCGGCUAUAUUCUUUCGGUCUGGGGUCGCGCGCGACCUCCUGCUUCCUCUUCUCCGACAUUAACAACCGGGGCGACGGCAUCACCAUGUGUGACGCACCAGAUGAGGCGGCUGCGCUCGCGAAGGUGCCACGUGGCUACGCGCUGCGGGGCCGCCUGCCCAUCCGCCGAUUGGAUGACGUGCUGCUGCAGCGGCAGCGCUGGCAGCAGCAGGGCCAGGGCCAGGGCCAGGGUCAGGAGCUGCCGAGUGGGGGCCCGGCGGCGCUGCCCACAGAGGUCAAGGUACUGAAGGUGGACGUGGAGGGCUAUGAGCCGCACGUGUUCGGCGGACUUGGAGACCUGCGCGUGUGGUACAUUGCUACGGAGUUCAACCCAGUCCUGCUGUCAGGAGUCAACAAGGGCUACAGGCCGCUGCAGCUGCUGGAGGACCUGCUGGCCCGGCGCUACCGCCUCAGCACCACCAGCUUCCGCGGGCCCUGGCUGUCACCCGAGGAAAUACGGCGGCUGGCCGCGGACACCCGCGCGCCCCUCUCCAUCUAUGCGGCGCAUUGGGACUUGUUCCCUCCCGUGGCGGCUGAGCAGACGCCGCGCCCGCCUGCAGCGGCAUCGGCGCCAUCAGGGGCCGCAGCACCCGGCGGUUCAAAGCCGUGAUGAUCGUCGUAACAGAAGCCAGCCAGCAGCGGCAGCGAGCGCAGGAGGCAGCGGCGUGCGGGGUAUGUGCUGCGUCUGCGCGUGGGGUGGAUUGUGGCGGAAAGGGCAGUCAGCACUAAGCAGUGGGCGCUGUGCGGCCAGCACCGGCGCCAGCACCAGUUGCUGCAGUUGAAAGAUGUUGCGUGUGAUAACGGAUUGGCUUGAAGGGCUGUGUGUGUGAGUGUGUGUGUACGGCAGCGGGUGGUGAACUUUGCGCGUAUGGCGGGCGUGCUAUAGCUGGGCUGGAAGAUGCAAGGCGGUGGAGGUGUGCCGCCCCCGUUCUGUGGGGGCUGGGGCUGGCUUCUGUGUGGUGCUGCGCGGGUUGGCGGUUGUAGCGGACUAGCACCCGUGGCUGGGAAAGCGGGCGGUG